GCGUGCGCGUGCCACGUGGCCGGCCCCGCCCUCCGCGGCCAUGAUCGAGGUCUCGGCGUCGCUGCUGCGGGGCGCCGCUUUCCUGGCCGGGGAGGCGCUGGAGUGCCUGGUGACGCUGCGCAACCCGCUCCCGCCCGACGCCACCUCUGCCUCCAGUGAGAUUCUGGCCUGGGCCAGUGCUCAGAUCCACUGCCAGUUGCACACCAGUGAGAGCCGGGUUGCUCUGCCACCUUCACAAGAUACCAGCUAUGAUGCCCAGGCAGAAAACGAGACUGUCUUUGUGCCCAACCGAGGAGAGCGGGGUCAGUGCAUCCUGUCGACGCCCCCAAAGAUCCUCUUCUGUGACUUGAGGCUGGAUCCCGGCGAGUCCAAGAGCUACUCCUACUGCGAGACGCUGCCGGUGGACGGGCCGCCCUCCUUCCGUGGCCAGGCGGUGAAGUACGUCUACAAGCUGACCAUCGGCUGCCAGCGGGUGAACUCGGCCAUCAAGCUGCUCCGAGUGCCCUUCCGAGUGAUGGUGCUGCAGGGGCUCAGGGGCUACCCCUUUCCCCAGGAUGAAGCCGUGGCCCCCUCCAACCCCUUCUUGGAGGAGGAAGAGGGUGGCGCCAAGAGGUCCUCCCGCCUGGCAGACCUGGCCACGGAGCUCCUGACGGUCGCCACUUCGCGGCGGAGUUUGCAUCUGUUCAGCAUCAGCAGCGCCCAGGGCCGAGUGGCCACCUUCUGCAUCUUCAAGACCGUCUACAAGAUCGGGGAGGACGUGGUGGGGACCUUCAGCUUCUCUGAGGGGGACACCCCGUGCCUGCAGUACCUGGUGAGCUUGCAGACGGAGGAGCGGGUGCAAGAGGCCUUCCAGCGCCACAGGGCCCAGGCCGCCUCGUACAGCACCCACGCCCGGCACCAGGAGUCCUGCCUGCACACGGCCCGGACCAGCUUCAGCCUGCCCAUCCCGCUCAGCUCGGCCCCGGGAUUCAGCACCAGCGUUGUGUCCCUCCAGUGGAGGCUCCACUUCGAGUUUGUCAUCCUGCGGGACGUGGCCGAGGCGCCCGUGGCUCCCAAGGACCAGUCGGAAGCCGCCAGCUGGACGGGAGGGGAGCAGAUGGACGUGGACACUUUCAGCUGGGAUUUGCCCAUCAAGGUGCUGCCCACCAGUCCCUGGCUGGCCACCUCCGUCUCCCAGCUGCCCAGCUGCAGCUCUCUCUCCAUCUGAACCGAAGGGGCCGGCAGGAGAAGAGCCCGGGGACUCUGCCCCCCGCGGAGUGCCAGGCUGUUGGCAGGCUGUGGCGGGCAAGACCUGGUCCUCUCCUGGCUGGGGCGUUCCCCCCUCCCCCCGCCCUGUGCCUUAUGACCUUCCCCUCUCGGCCGGCUCCCAGGGGCCUGCAGCAACCCGGGUUCCAGAGGUUAUUCAUGGGGCCCCUCCAGCCCCUCCCCAUCCGAAAAGGAAGGGCCCGAGGCCCCCCUCCCCCCUGGGGCUUCAGGACUGCAGCGUGGGCUGUGCUCCGUUUAGCAGCCCUGGAGGGGCCCCGCGUUUAAGGCCGGAAGCCCGUUCUGCCUGGGGUCGUGCCCACUCCAAGGCCUUUGCCCUUCAGACCUUCUGGUCAAGUUGCCCAGGGAAGAGUUUGGCUUUCCUUGCAGCCGGGGACGGGCACCAGCAAGGGGUUCUCUGCCCAGGUGCUGGGUGGGCGUGGCCAUGGUGGGCGUGGCCUAGUCGGCCUCCCGUACCACGGCUUGGGGGGGGGGGGCGUGUUUUGCCGUCCCCGGACUCCGGAGUCUUUCUUCCCGAGCCCCUACGGACCCCCAGCAGCCCACCCCCGCUCACCGCCCUCAACUUACUCUGUAGAUUCAGUUACUUCGUGUUACCUUUUGAGGAAAGAAAUGCCAGUAUACGUGUGACUUUCCUGGUGCAUUUAGCUGAACAAGGACUGAAUAAAUGGAAGUAACCCUGUG